UCAAAUCUCUGUCCAGACUUGCUCCUUUCUCCCUUCUCCUUCACUACUUCCCCAUGGGAAAUCCUUUACGUUUUCUUCCAAGUUGCUUCACAGCAGGUGAUAGAAAAUCAGAAAUAAGUAAGGGAAAUGAAAAGCAGGCUAGGAUACAACAUCCAGCAGCUCUUCCUGAGGAAAUUUGCCGUCAAUUUUCUCUAACCGAGAUCCAAGCUGCUACCAACAACUUCCAUCCAAAAUCUCUAAUCGGUAAAUAUGGUUUUGGAAAGGUGUACAAAGGGAUUGUCGAUGGUGGAAACUUGGCUGCUAUCAAACGCUUCAGUCCAUUAACAGCAUUAGGACCCGAUGAGUGCCGAACAGAAGUGCAGUUGCUCUGCCAGCUGCGCCACGAACAUCUCGUGUCUCUUCUCGGGUUCUGCAAUGAUAAGGACGGGAUGAUCCUUGUAUGCAAAUUCAUGAGAAACGGGGCACUCCUUCAUCAUCUUUAUGGUUCUGAUUAUAAUCCACUCCCAUGGAAGCGCAGGCUAAAGAUAUGCAUUGGUGCGGCUCGUGGAUUACAUUACCUUCAUACUGGAGUAAAGCAUGCGGUAAUUCAUUGUGACGUCAAUAGCGGCAAUAUUCUUUUGAACGACAAAUGGGUGAGUAAGCUUUCUGAUUUCACAUUGUCCAAGGUGCGUUCACAACCUUCCUACUCUAGCACGUCAAAAGCUUUGAAAAAAAUCGACUCACGAUUGGUGGGUACGGCCAGCUAUGUGGAUCCAAAGCAUAACAAGGGUUGUGAACUUUCAGAAAAAUGCGAUGUUUACUCAUUUGGGGUUGUUUUAUUUGAAGUGUUGUGUGCUAGACCAGUCGUUGAUCCAACAUUAGACGAGGAUGAAAAAUUUCUAGUUCAUUGGGUUCGUCGGUGCAUAGGCGAAGGAACCAUUUACAAUAUCAUUGAUCCAUAUCUGAUGGGGAGGAUAGCUCCAGGAUGUUUCAAGAUAUUCGUGGAUAUUGCCUAUCGCUGUACCAGUGAGAAAGGAGAUACACGGCCCGACGUGGGUGAAGUGGAGCUGAUGCUAGAGCUUGCGUUGGAGAUGCAAGAGAAAGCAGAUUCCGAAUUGGUCAACGCUGCUACCAACAGUUUUCAUCGAAAAUCUCUUUUAGCUGAAGCUUUUUUUGGAAAGGUGUUCAAAGGGAUUGUUGAUGAUGGAAACUUUGUAGCUGUCAAACGCAUCAACCUAGAUUCAGGGCGAGAAGCACUCGAUGAGUUCCAAAAUGAAGUGCAGAUGCUCUGCCAGCUGCGCCACCAACAUCUCGUGUCUCUUAUCGGGUACUGCAAUGAUAAGGACGAGAAGAUCCUCAUAUACGAAUUCAUGGAAAACGGGUCACUCCGUGAUCAUCUCUAUGGCUGUAAUUAUGAUCCACUCCCAUGGAAGCAGAGGCUGGAGAUAUGUAUUGGUGCAGCUCGUGGAUUACAUUACCUUCAUACUGGAGCCAAGCAUGCUGUAAUUCACCGUGACGUCAAUAGCACCAAUAUCCUUUUGGACGAUAAAUGGGUUAGUAAGCUUUCUAAUUUCGGGUUGUCCAAGAUGCGUUCACAACCUUCAUACUCUAGCACGUCAAAACCUUUGAAAAGAAUAGACUCACGCGUAGCAGGUACUGUAGGUUAUAUGGAUCCAGAGUAUGGAAUAGGAGGUGGACUUUCAGAAAAAUGUGAUGUGUACUCGUUUGGUGUUGUUUUAUUUGAAGUGUUGUGUGCUAGAAAGGUCAUUGAUGGACGCUUGGACAACCAUGAAGCAAAUCUAGCUACUUGGGUCCAUCGUUGCAUAGGUGAAGGAACCAUUUAUAAUAUCAUUGAUCCACAUCUGAAGGGGAGGAUAGCUCCAGAGUGUUUCACGAUAUUCGUGGACAUCGCUUAUUGCUGUAUCAAUUUAAUGGGAGAUAGACGGCCUGACAUGGGUGAAGUGACGCUGAUGCUAGAGCUUGCAAUGGAGAUGCAAGAGAAAGCAGAUUCUCAAAUGAGGGAUCAUGAUCCUCAUGGUGAAUGUAAGUAUGGAAAAGUAGCAUUUUGUAUUCCUGUUUCUGACCACGAUUAGUAUACAAACGAUAAAAGCCACGUUGAAAAUCUAAAAGAAUUGCGGUCAUUUUGAAAUUAAACCACAAAAAGUUAAUUGUGAAUUUAAGUUUAAUUUAGAUUGAAUUAAAAAAAUCUUAAUCAAUACAUAUUUCUUUUUUUAUUUGUUUUGUUUUUUGGGUCUAUGCUCAGUGAUAAUGUGAAGCAUUCUUCAAGCUUGUUUUCUGGAAAUCAAGUGGGGAUUUGCAUGAAAUUGCACCCAUUUUCUCUCAAUGGAUGCUUAGGCUCACUUUCAUUCACCAAGGUGUAUUCGUCAUCAACCAAAUGAAAAGAAAGCUUUAAAACAAGUUAAACGUCUCUUUGCAAUCCUCACAAACAAUCUAUUUGAAUCCUUUAUUAUGUAUAUUCAUAAUUUUUUAUAUUAUAAAAAGGUCGAGUAAUUUAAUUAUCAGAUUAAAAAAUUUCUAUCAAUUUCACAUUUUGAUCGAAUUCUAUUUUGCCAUAUAGAUUAUUAUUCUAUACAUCAACUGUGGAAUUUUUUAAUUUUAGAAGGGAGUUUAUACAAUUGUCUUAUGUCUAUUUAAUAGCUUAAUAAUUAUUUUUUUUAAAUAUACCUAUAUGGAUAAAAUUCUAAUCUUUUAAAUCUGCUUGUGGAGUUAAAAUAAC